AUGUCACGGCAAGAAGGCCUUGAUAGUGAAGAAAAACAUACAUUGUCUACUCCAGAGAUCCAUCAUGUUUUGCCGAACCCACCGCCAGUUCCCACAACACGUGGUCCACCGCUGACUGGUAGUGGGCGUACACCGAGCGGGCCACCACGCGGAACACCCAAACGAUGGUCUGUGCGAUACUCCACCGGCGUUAGUUGCAGAAGUGAAGGAGAUCCACUACAUGCGAGUGCGGUAGGCACCCCAGAGGCUUCUGCAACCCAGCGGAGUGGAAAGUAUACAGUGAAAGGGGCGGCACCACUUGUGCCAUCGGCACCCGAUGCGGCAUCUAAAACCCCUGAAAGCGUAGAGUUGUUUUGGACUAUUCAUACUGAAACACCAACGCCGACAACAUCUGUGGUGUUUCAUAUUGAGAAGGGGGCCUCUACGAUACCUGAUGAGAAUUCAAGUAUUGCCUUUGAGGUGUUGGAGUCGAUGGCGGCCACUCAUGUCAGUCAAGCUCCACUGAUGGUGCAGGAAGGGCAACAACAACAACAACAGCAAGAAGAAAAAAGGGAAGAACAGGAGGAGGGAAAAAAGGAACCCAGGAUAGAGCUUGGGGUGCUGGAAGGUGCAGGACAAACCAGCACCGGGGUCUCCCGUGAUAAUACUACUACGUUUAGUAAUUAUUUUAAUGGCAUCCGUGAUGUUGCGAAUCUCGAUGAUGAUGAUGAGAUGGAUUCUCUACCAGCAGCGUUACCACCACCACCACCAACGCCACAUCCAACCGCAAACCCAGCCACCUCCUCGCGGUUUGGUAAUACAGCAACUAAACUGGAGUUUGGGAGUAAACAGUCUACUGGCAUGAACGGGAAGAGUGUCGCAAAAGGAAAUGGAGUGCGGGGAGGAAGAGUGCCAGAAACAACAAAGAAACCAAGAACAACAACAACAACACUAAAACCAGCAGUCUUCAGAUACUUGGGGCUAACACCCCCGCCACCGGUACUACAACCACCAAUACGAUCCAUUCUUAACGAAGUGAACGCGUGGAUGGAAAUAGUAUCACAUGUAGGGAAUAUGGGUUUCCAAAAACGUUACCUACAAGAUUCAGAUCGAGCUUUUCGUGAUAUGCAACGUGAGACGGAAGUACUUCUUGCGGAGAAUGCUAUAGCUGAGAAGGGACUUCGUGAGGCCAAGGGCCGUUAUGUUAAUGCUCUUGAUGAGUGUGACCGCCUUCAGAAGGAAAUACUUGAAAGAGACCAGAUGCGCAAUAAGAGGAAGAAUGACAGUCAAGCUAUGGGAGAAGAAGAAAGAAAGCGAAGAGAAGAAGAGGAAGAAAAGUAUGCAGAGGAAAUAGAAGCUUGGCGGAUUGAGAAAGGUGAGCUUUUAGCGCAGAAGGCGUUGCUAUUGCAAAGACGCAAUGAAUUACAACACCAUCUUCGGCGUGGUACAAACAUUAAAAAUGUAGCUACUGUGUCUCGUCCUCAGCGAACUUCACAAGAUCGAGACGAUCAAAUUGAUGGAUCUAUUCCACCAGCAGAAGAUCUUGAAAUAAUCCAAAUGCGGUUAGAGAUAAAGGAAUCGCGGGUUUGUUUUGAAAAACUUGUUGAGGCUCACCAAGUAUUGAAAGAAACACGGCGUGUGCGUCAACAGGAGAUUGAUGAUGAAUGCAACACUCUUCGCCAAACAGUGACAGAAACAAAACAAAUUAUGGAAACUUGGCGCAGUACCUUGCAGACAUCUCUUUACGAAGCAGAACGACUGCGAACCGUAUAUCAAAAAGAAGGUGAAGACUCACUUGUGUUGCUAUUAGAGCGGAGUAUAGAGGAAGCAAGGGCGUUACUGAAACCUAAUGACAAUAUGUCUGUUUCGGGUGACAGUAUCCGUUCGCGUGGGGCAAGUGUGACUCGGCGUUCGUCUCUUAACUCUACUCCCCGUCGUGGCGCAGGAUCGUUUAACUCUCCCCCAACACCAGCAUCACGACAGAUUCGUCUCAACUAA